UUUUCCAACACUUGGAAAUUAUUGUCAGAAGAGGAAUAUAAAAAUUGCUUGUCAUCAUAAAAAGCAGGCAAUCGUCAGGAAAAGUUUGUUAAAAAAUCCUAUAAAUUUUACGCAUUAUAUAUCCCCUCUCACGAAGCUCCCGCAUCAUGUUCGGCAGACAAAGUGGACUGGGCAAUUCCAGCAACAGCAGUAAUCUGGUGGAGUUUCGCGCCGGACGCAUGAAUAUGGUGGGCAAGAUGGUCCAUCCUGAUACGCGCAAGGGAUUGGUCUACAUGACUCAGAGCGUUGACGGCUUGAUGCACUUCUGCUGGAAGGACCGCACCUCCGGAAAGGUGGAGGACGAUCUGAUUGUCUUUCCCGACGACUUUGAGUACAAGCGUGUUGAUCAAUGCAAGACUGGUCGAGUUUUCGUGCUUAAAUUCAAGUCCUCGACUCGCCGCAUGUUCUUCUGGAUGCAGGAGCCGAAGAUCGAAAAGGACGACGAGCACUGCCGCCGUAUUAACGAGCUGCUCAACAAUCCCCCAUCAGCUCACCAGCGCGGAGGGGGCGGCAGCAACGAUGGCGAUUUGCAGUACAUGCUCAACAACAUGUCCCAGCAGCAGCUGAUGCAGCUCUUUGGCGGCGUGGGUCAAAUGGGGGGACUUAGCUCCCUCCUGGGACAAAUGAACUCCCGUACGCCCUCGUCGCGCAACACCUCGUCGUCUGGAGGUGGCGCCUCAGCCUUGCAGACUCCGGAGAAUGUGACUGUGCCCCGUACACCGUCUGCCCCAUCCCGUGGAUCCAAGUCCGGCAGUAGCCGCAACAAUGCCAAUGCACAGGGUGCUGAGGCUGCCGGCGGUGCUGGCUCGUCCCUAGACGCGGAUGCCUCUGGUAAGAACUCAACCUCAGCGAACACAACGGCGUCAGAAGCGACCGGAGCCUAUGCCAAUCCAUUCCAAGCCUACUUAUCCAAUCUCUCCCCCGAACAUGGCGCAGGACGUUCUUUGAACAUCGACUUAUCCACUGCACUAUCCGGCUCUGAAGCCAUCAACACUCUCAUUGCCGAUCCGGAGCGCGUCAAGUCGUUGAUUGUGCACCUGCCAGAAUCGGAGGACGCGGAUGAGGAUCGGAAGCAGCAGAUCAAGGAUCACAUCACUUCUCCGCAGUUCCAGCAGGCCCUGGCCCAGUUCUCCAACGCCCUCCAAUCUGCCCAGCUGGGACCCGUGAUCAAGCAGUUUGAGCUCUCCAACGAGGCCGUGGCCGCCGCCUAUUCCGGCAAUCUGGAGGACUUUGUGCGUGCUCUGGAGAAGAGUCUGCCUGCCGGGUCCACCUUGGCCGCUUCAGAGACUACCGAUAAGAAAGCUGAAGCUGAGACCCCCGCUGCUCGGGAUGAGAACACCGAUCCUGCCGAGAAGCAAGAGGAGAAGUAGAUUUUUCAAGUGCAACGACAAUAAUUACCCCGUUUUUGGUUUAAAAUAGUUUGUGUUAUAUGAUUAUAAAUAAAUUCGCAAAUUUGCAUUAAAAAA